GUGGCCCCGGACCUCUUCUGGGGAACCUACCGCCCUCACGUCUACUUCGGCAUGAAGACUCGCAGCCCGCAGCCCCUUCUCACCGGACUGAUGUGGGCGCAGCAGGGCGCUACCCCAGAGACCCCUAAGCUCAGGCACACGUGUGAGCAGGGGGACGGCGUGGGUCCCUAUGGCUGGGAGUUCCACGACGGUCUCUCCUUCGGGCGGCAACACAUCCAGGAUGGGGACUUAAGGCUCACCACUGAGUUCGUCAAGAGGCCUGGGGGUCAGCACGGAGGGGACUGGAGCUGGAGAGUGACUGUAGAGCCUCAGGCGUCAAGUACCUCUGCCCUCCCUUUGGUCUCCCUGUUCUUCUAUGUGGUGUCAGAUGGCAAGGAAGUCCUACUACCAGAGGUUGGGGCCAAGGGGCAGUUGAAGUUCAUCAGUGGGCAUACCAGUGAACUUGGUGACUUCCGCUUUACACUUUUGCCACCAACCAGUCCAGGGGAUACUGCUCCCAAGUAUGGCAGCUACAAUGUCUUCUGGUCCUCCAACCCAGGACUGCCCCUGCUGACGGAGAUUGUGAAGAGUCGCCUAAAUAGCUGGUUUCAGCAUCGGCCCCCAGGGGCCUCCCCUGAACGCUACCUUGGCUUGCCAGGAUCUCUGAAGUGGGAAGACAGAGGCCCAAGUGGGCAAGGGCAGGGACAAGGGCAAUUCUUGAUACAGCAGGUGACACUGAAAGUCCCCUUUUCUGUGGAGUUGGUGUUUGAAUCAGGCAGUGCCCGGACAGGAGGAAACCGAGCCCGAGAGCAGCUGGCAGGCAGCAUACUGACCCAGGCCCUGGAGAGCCAUGCUGAAGCCUUUAGAGAACGCUUUGAGAAGACCUUCCAGCUGGAGGAGAAGGGUCUGAGCCCUGGGGAGCAGGCUUUGGGCCAGGCUGCCCUCAGCGGCCUCCUUGGAGGAAUCGGCUACUUCUAUGGACAGGGUCUGGUGUUACCAGAUAUGGGGGUAGAAGGGUCUGAGCAGAAGAUGGACCCAGCCCUCUUUCCACCUGUCCCUCUUUUCACAGCAGUACCCUCCCGGUCAUUUUUCCCACGAGGCUUCCUUUGGGAUGAGGGUUUUCAUCAACUGGUGGUCCAGCGGUGGGAUCCCCGCCUCACCCGGGAGGCCCUAGGCCACUGGCUAGGGUUGCUCAAUGCUGAUGGCUGGAUUGGGCGGGAGCAGAUACUGGGGGAUGAGGCCCGAGCCCGGGUGCCCCCAGAAUUCGUGGUGCAACGGGCAGUCCAUGCCAAUCCCCCAACCCUGCUUUUGCCUGUAGCACACAUGCUAGAGGUUGGUGACCCUGCUGAUCUGGUCUUCCUCCGCAGGGCCUUCCCCCGCUUGUAUGCCUGGUUCUCUUGGCUCCAUCAGAGCCAGGCAGGGCCAGUGCCACUAUCCUACCGCUGGCGGGGCCGGGACCCAGCCUUGCCAACCCUACUGAACCCCAAGACAUUGCCCUCAGGGCUGGAUGACUACCCCCGGGCUUCACACCCUUCAGCCACUGAGCGGCACCUGGACCUGCGAUGCUGGGUGGCACUGGGUGCCCGUGUGCUGACAAAGCUGGCAGAGCAUCUGGGAGAGGCCAAGGUGGCUGCUGAGUUGGGCCAACUGGCUGCUAAUCUGGAAGCAGAGGAGAUCCUGGAUGAACUGCACUGGGCCCCAGAGCUAGGGGUCUUUGCAGACUUUGGGAACCACACAAGAGCAGUCCAGCUGAAGCCUAGGCCCCCCCAGGGGCUUGUUCGAGUGGUGGGCCGGCCCCAACCUCACUUACAAUAUGUAGAUGCCCUGGGCUAUGUCAGUCUUUUUCCCUUGCUGCUGCGGCUGCUAGACCCCAACUCGUCCCGCCUUGGGCCCCUGCUAGACAUCUUAGCUGACAGCCGCCAUCUCUGGAGCCCCUUUGGUUUGCGCUCCCUUGCAGCCUCCAGUCCUUUCUAUGGCCAGCGCAAUUCAGAGCAUGACCCUCCCUACUGGCGGGGUGCUGUGUGGUUCAAUGUCAACUACCUGGCCUUGGGAGCGCUCUACCACUACGGGCAUCUAGAAGGUCCCCACCAGGCCCGUGCUGCCAAACUCCACAGUGAGCUCCGUGCCAAUGUGGUGGGCAAUGUGUGGCAGCAAUACCAGGCUACAGGUUUCCUGUGGGAGCACUAUAGUGACAGGGAUGGGCGGGGUAUAGGCUGCCGCCCUUUCCAGGGCUGGACCAGCCUUGUCUUACUGGCCAUGGCUGAAGACUACUGAAGAAGGGAGAUGGGAGGGGAGCCAGGCCACUUGUGCCACUCUAGAUCUGAAGGGACAAGGUCUCUGGCUUCUGCCCCCAGCCCCUCAGAUGCCAGUAAUUCAAAUACUUUUUCAUCUCAGGUGUCUCCUUAUUGUCAUCCCAUACCGCCCUGGGGUGAAUGUGAAUUCAGAGUCUAUUUUUCUAAAUAAAUUGGAAAAACAUAGUAAACUA